AUGGCAUGUAGGAGCGGCUGCUGCUGCGGCUUCGGUCCGAUAAACGAGGAUAACGCGCGGUUCCUGCUGCUGGCUUUGUUCAUCAUCAUCUAUCUCCUGUGCGGGGCCGCCGUCUUCUCGGCGCUGGAGCAGCCGAAGGAGCGAGAGGCGAAGGAGCGCUGGGCGCAGAGGUUCGAGCAUUUCAGCCAGAAGUACAACCUGAGUAAGAAAGACCUGAACAACUUCCUGAGGAACUACGAGGAGGCGAACGUGGCGGGGAUCCGUGUGGACACAAUCAGACCUCGAUGGGACUUCACCGGCGCUUUUUACUUCGUGGGAACUGUGGUGUCCACCAUUGGGUUUGGGAUGACCACUCCGGCCACCAUCGGAGGAAAAGUCUUCCUCAUGUUUUACGGCCUGCUCGGCUGCGCAGCCACCAUCCUCUUCUUCAACCUCUUUCUGGAGCGAGUCAUCACCGUCAUCGCCUUCGUCCUCAAGUCCUGUCACGAACGACGCCGCAACAAGGUCGUGCUCCCGCAAAAUGGACGUCGGGUCUCUGAGGGAAACAGGGCGGGUGGACCUGGGGGAGCUGGAGGAGGAAAAGGGGAGGAUCUUGCCGGCUGGAAACCCUCCGUCUACUGCGUCAUGCUCAUUCUGGGAGCGGCGGCCAUCUUGGUGUCCUGCUGCGCCUCGUUGAUGUACUCGGCGGCCGAGGGUUGGGGCUACCUGGACUCGCUCUACUUCUGCUUUGUGGCCUUCAGCACCAUUGGAUUUGGAGAUAUGGUGAGCAGCCAGCGAGUUGUCUACGAGGGCCACGCCACAGUUGCGUACCGGCUGGGCAACUUCUUCUUCAUCCUGACCGGCGUCUGCUGCAUCUAUUCGCUCUUCAACGUUAUCUCCAUCGUCAUCAAGCAGGUACUCAACUGGCUGCUGAGGAGGCUGGAGGCCCCCUGCCGCUGCUGCUUCCCCAGGAGGGGUCACCACCCGCACAGGCAUCCAAGACGGAAUGUGGUCGCCCCGGGUCACCUCCGGGCACGCAGGGAUCCGUCCAUCGAGACGGACGCCAUCAACGAAAGCGAGACCGACACUGGGCGCCGGAUGUCCGGGGAGAUGAUCUCUAUGAGGGACUUCUUAGCAGCCAACAAGGUGAACUUGGCCAUUAUGCAGAAGCAGCUGUCGGAGAUGGCCAUCGGGCACCCGCGCCAGUCCGGCUCCAGUUCGCGUCAGAACGGCUUCUCAGGAGGGGUGGGCGCCCUCGGCAUCAUGAAUAACCGACUGGCAGAGACUAGCGUGGACAGAUAG